AUGCAUCGCAGGCACAUCACCUUCGAUGACGAUGACAUGCAGCAAGGUCUGCAGCAGCAGCUGGACGCUCUGCACGAGAGGCUCGUCGCAGCUCAUCGUUCGAGGGAUGAGCAUGAAACAUGCGCGCGGCUGCAGCAGGGCGUGAGAGUUUUGACUUGGCAGGUGGCUCAGAGCAUGAAGGCGUUGGAUCGCUUCCUGUGCUGCUACACGGAGAGCCUCCUGCUUGACCCGGACCCUGAGCGUCUGACCGUCUUCGAGACCCUCGUUGACGACAUCGAGCUUGCUCACGCCGCCAUCCUACGACACCUCCAACUUCCCCGCGAUGCACCCGCUUCGCUCCCUCCUGCCGCUCUUGGAGAGGAGAACGAUGUGACAGACGAGGAGACGACCGGGAGCUCGGGGAGCUUGCUUGCUGCUCAGUUUGCUCUCAAAGUCGCCGAGGAGCGGCAAGAAGCCCUCGCGAGGCGAUGUCGUCAGCUACAGGCGAAGCUCGAGGAGAGUGAGGAGCAGCGGCAGCGUCUAGCUGGCGCCGUGGUGGACCUGGGAAGAGACGUGACGUGGAAGCGAGAGCAGACGCCGUCGUAUGCCAACCGGAAACCUGCUGGCAUGGAGACGAAGAGAAGCAAGAAAGAGAUGAAGAGAGACGCUAUGGCUCCGAUGAGCGAUGAUGUGCCGAUGGAGCUUGCUGGUGCACGGCAGCGCAUUUCAUACCUCGAACAAGAGAACGCAAAGCUCAACUUCCUCUACAAGAGCUCCCUCCAGCAGCUACAAACGAUGAUACGACAAAAGCAGGACAAGACUCGUGGUGUUUCCUCUACCUCCGAGUUGGAGAAGCUGCUCCACAAGCGCGAGCUCGAGAUAGAAUGGCUGAACGAGGAGCUCAAGGUGGCGGCGAGCAGAGCUGCUCCUCUCCCCCCCGACCUGCAGGUCGCCCACUCCUUCACCUGCAGACUGUACGACGACCUGCGACUCGCUUGCCAUGACCUUGACAACCUCCUCCGAGACUUGAAGGAGAGCGAGUCCUCGUACAACCCCCGAGUGAUGGCCAUGGCUCAAGACCUUCAGCGCUUGAAGCAGGAGAACAGCUUGCUGCGCUACCGGAAUGAAGAGCUGGGGCUUCAGCUGGACCUCCGCUCUUUCAGCGCCUCGAGCUCCCAGCUCGACAAGGUCACCUUGCUCACCAAGAGGGUGAUGAAGAGAUCGCACCGCAAGCUGCUGGGCUUCUGCUGGUCUCUCUGGGUCUUCAAGGGCCGGGCACGAAGAGACACCUUCACGAGGAUCGAGGAGAGUCUGCAGCCCUACCUGCUGGAGGCGUGCAGCCUCAAGAAUCACCGGCAGCUCGAGCAUGACCUCAUGGAUCGCGUCUCCGCUGCUGCCGCCCGAGUCCUCUCCUCCCUCGCUGACAAGGUUGAGGCCGUGCGGGAGGCUCGGGCAGCCCUAGGUGACGUCACGGGGAUGAUGGUGGAGAUGACGGAGAGGCAGCGAGCGGCGAGGAGGGAAGAGGACGCGGCUAGCGACAAGGAGGCUCGCCUCCUCCUCGAGCUCCGCGCCGAGGGACUUGGAGGAGACGAGGGCUCUCGCUCUGCAGAGGUCACUUCUUCCAACACGAUGUUUCGGUUCCUGCAGGAGGUGUACAGCAUCCUCCGAGAAGCUCUCAUCGACGGGCAGACGCGCGGGGAGCUGAUAGAUGCUCUCAAGAGGAUGAGCAUCAGUCAGUCGCCUGGAGGGCUUGAGGUGACUGCGAGGGCCAAGGAGGAGUGGUUCACUACCCUGUUCUCGCUGCGAGACUCGCUGGUGCUGUUCCUCGAGAGGGAAGCGAGACGGGAAGGGCCGGGCAGGCAAUCCAGGCAGACGCUGGUCGAUGCGGCUACACAGGUUGAGGAAUCGCAGACGAGCUCGAAACCAGCGACUCCGACGAGGCCGCAGACGAAGACGAAGAGGGAGGGGAAGGAGAAGCUGUCGGAGAUGGACCUGCUGGUGAAGAUGCUGCGAGCCGAGCUCCGCUCCAAGAACGAGGAGCUGAAGCGACUCCAUGACAGCUCAGCUAGAGCUAGAGACAAGGAGGCUCAUCUCACGACCGUUCAAGAUGCCUGCCAGCAUGUCGCCGCCCAGCUUGUUGCCGAGCUCGUUGACUUUGCUGAAGCUGCUGGGGCGAUGCUGGAAGCGCAAGAGGAGACGAUCGGAAGCGUCCACCACCAUCUGCGGGAGUUGAGAUCCACCAGCACGAAGAUCUACCGGCUGGAGGCCCGAGUUGGAGAUCAGGAGGGGCAGAUCGAAAGCAAGGACAGGAGGGUGAAGGAGCUCAACCUGAGGUUGCAGGAAGCGUGCGAGUCUUCGAUAGCAGCGCUGAGGAAGGGGAAUCGGAUGGUGGAGGUGAAGGACAAGGAGAUCGAAGAGCUUCGAGUCAUCGUCUCCGACCAGCAGCUCCGCAUCGACAGUCUGGAGCGAGAGGUCCACCACCAGGUCAAGCUCGCGGCCGAGGGCAGGAGAUCACAUGGGCCAGGAGACUCGUCCUGGCGCUCUGAUAGGUCCCCCAACAGAUCUUCUUCGCGGGAUCUCAGCAUGUCGGGGCUCGUCCCCUCCGUGCGGGAGAAGGCUCUUCGUGCCAAGUGCGAGUACCUCGAGGGAAAGGUCACGAUGCUGAGCUCGCAGCUCAAGAGUCACUUGCAGGAGAGCCGUGCGUAA